AUGGUUGUAUUAUCCGCAUCCGUCUGCACGAGACAGGGAAAAGCCCUAGUGUCACGUCAGUUCGUUGAGAUGAAUCGUCUCCGCGUCGAGGGUCUUCUGGCCGCUUUUCCCAAACUUGUUGGUCAUGCUAAACAACACACAUAUGUUGAAACUGACAGUGUAAGGUAUGUGUACCAACCUUUGGAAAACAAUCUAUACCUGCUCCUUGUCACCACCAAAGCGAGCAACAUUGUCGAAGAUCUUGGAACUCUAAGACUCCUGGCGAAAGUUGUACCAGAUGUUGCUGGAGGUCUCCAAGAGCAUACGAUCAAUGAAAAUGCUUUCGAGCUGAUAUUUGCAUUUGAUGAAGUUUUGACAGCUGGCGGGUACAAGGAAGAAGCCACUCUCUCGUCCAUCCGUACGAACCUAAUCAUGGACAGUCACGAAGAAAAGAUUCACAAAGCUCUUCAACAGUCUAAGGAAGACGCUGCUCGAGCAGAGAUGCAGAAAAAGGCGAAAACACUACAAGAGCAAAAGAUGGCCCAGCAGAGACAAACAUUCUUAUCAGGACAGGCUCCCUCUGGCUCUCUUGGAGGAAUGGAAGGAUUUGGUGGUGGUGGUGCACCGAGUCAAGGUGGAAUGUUCGACCAGUUUCAGGGGAUGGAGCAGCAAGUCCCCACCCAGCAGGAAUACAACCCUUACGCCUCAUUGCAAAAGUCCACCGCUCCGGUUGCUAUCGCACCCAAGGUAUUGGCAAAAUCGGGUAUGAAACUUUCAAUGGGCAAGGGUGGAAAGAAAGACUCGCUCAUGGCUGCAAUGGCCGUGGAGGACAAUCUUUUGCCUGUUGGUGGCAAAGGAGGUGGUAUAGACUUUGGCUUUGGAGCUCCCGCUGUUGCCCCGCCCCCUGCGGCUCCAUCAACUCCGCUUUCUUUGGUCCUGGAAGAGAAAAUCAGUGUAAACAUGAACCGAGAAGGAGGUGUGGAGAACUGCGAAGUGAAGGGCAUCCUGAAUCUCACUGCCAAUACCGAUGCUGGCGCAGCUGCUGUAGUUACUAUCAACAAGUCUCAGCUACCAUCUACUUUUAACUAUGCAACGCAUCCAAAGGUGGACAAGAAGAUAUAUGAACAACGGGGUGUUCUAGCGCUGAAGGGUGGAAAAGCAUUUCCUAUUGCUCGUUCCGUGGGUAUACUGCGCUGGUCGUACAACAACGAGGAUGCUGCUCCGAUUUCAAUCAACUGCUGGCCUGAGGAUGAAGGAUCUGGCAGAAUCACAGUCAGUAUUGAAAUGGAACUCACUAGAGCUGACAUUGUGCUUCAUGAUGUUAAUAUUCUUCUGCCCCUCGGAACAACCGAACCUCCUGCAAUUGAGAGUAUAGAUGGUCAAUACAAGCAUGAUCCAAAUUCUGGAAUGAUGUGCUGGCAUUUUGAUGCUGUUGACUCAAACACCAAUUCCACUGGGAGCCUUGAAUUCAGUGUUGCUGGCAAUAAUUCCGAUGCUUUCUUUCCCAUUCAAAUUGGUUUCAGGUCACAGACACUUCUCUGUCCAAUAGCCAUCAGUGGUGUUGCUAAUUCCUCAUCUGGUUCUCCCGUUCCAAACGACAUUUCUAUGAGUUUUGUCCCAGACAAGUAUCAAUGCGCAUAA